AUGGAACCAUUGGCUGAGCUGUUUCAAUCAGCCGACAACACAAGUGGCUGCGGAGAAACUAUUACACCUGAAGAAGUAACUAAAGAAGCGGGCUGGCUUACCAGCCACCGCAAUAGGAGCCGUAGAGCAAUAGAGCAGUUCAGCAUAAUGGCUGAUGAAACAAGCAAAACAACUGGCACUGGCGAAGCGCGUUCUGGUGCGUGCCAGAGCGCAGCGCGUACCACCAAGAAACCGAAGCCGCCGCGACAGCCACAACUUCCAAGGGAAGAUAUAAAGAUCAUCGUACGGCCCCGCGACGGGCUAAAUGUCUCAAAACUAAGUGAUGCGCAAAUUCGAGAUGAAGUAUUGCGAGCCGCAGCAGUACCGAUUGCAGAGGCGGAAGAUGACAUAUAUCGCUCCUGCGUGGAAAAAAAUGUCAUAGUAAUCAGCACUCCGCGAAUGGCAAAUGCUGAGAAACACAACCGCAUCAGGGAACUCCAAAUUGGAGACACGCACUACGAAGCCACAGCCUACGCCGCCCCACCGGCAGACACCUACAAAGGCGUAAUCCACAACAUUCCGGACUACGACACUGCGGAGGACAUCACCAAAAGUCUCAUCUACAAGAAGAACCCCACCAUCCUGCAGGCCCAUCGCAUGGGCAACGCCAACUCAGCCAUCAUCAUCUUUGAAGGCCCAAAUGUACCCUUCUACGUCUACUACAGAGGCGCCGAGUACCGCUGCUACCUCCACAAGAAAAAAGUCGAAGUGUGCGGAGCCUGCGGCCGGAUCGGUCAUCGCGCGGACGUGUGCCCUACCCCCGACAAGAAACAGUGCAAAGACUGUGGUGCCCAAAACCCCGCGGACAAUCACAGCUGCAACCCUAAGUGCGCGCUGUGCGGUAAAGAUCACCCCACGGGAGACAAGAGCUGCCAGAGACGCUUUCAGACGCCUUUCCUCAUCAAACAGCGCCAGUGGGAAAAACAGCGACAACAACAACAACAAACUUUGCACAACCACAGCGGCGGCGGCGGCAGAGACCCAUCGUUGCCACGUCAAGCAGACAAGCAGACAACGGCAGCCCAACGCCCAUCCCGAUCAAAAUGGAGGGACACUGCUGCCGAUCGCAAGGCAUCCAGAUCAAGAUCCCCAUCGGGACAUAGACCCCAAGCUAAACAAGAAAGCAAGACCUCAACCAAUAACAACAAGGUGAGCUGGGCAAAUGUAGUCUCCCAGUCCGAACCCACUAAGAUAGAAAACCCCACGCUCCCCUCUUCUCACGACAGCGAGCUAACUAAAAUCAAACAAAUGCUCGAAAUUCUACUAACAGAGAAUAAGGCCCUCAAGGCCGAGGUAGCCCAACUGAAGGCGACACCGCCGAAAGAAGUUGUACCCGCAGAACCAGAAACUGUCCAUAUAGAGAUAGAUGCACCUCCGGCAGUUGCAGAACCUACCACACAAUACGCGCAGCCAGAUUCCGAUACCGAGAGCCUACCCGCGAAGCGCAGAGCGGUAGAACAAUCCCCUCCUUCAACCGCCCACUCUGGCACCUCUAAGCGUAACAUCAGGGAAGAGACGAUCAUAGAGGAAAUCACCAGGGCCAUUGAUAUCAAAUUCGAGAUAAUGCAUAAAACAUUCCACACCAUGAUAACAAACCUUGCCGAAAGUUAUAAUGCCAGAAUCGCGGUCCUCGAAAACGCCCAACAAAGGCCUAGCGUAGGGCCCAUUAAAGUAACUAAGCCUUACAACCGCCCGACCAACGAUGGCCUGGAAUAGCGGUAAAAGCGCUAUGUACGUCAUAUGGCAAUGGAACUGCCGGGGAUUCCGCCGCAAGCGAGGGAAUCUCCAGCAGUUCCUACAAACUAAGGAUUCCGAAGCUCCAGACAUAAUUGCCCUCCAAGAGACGGGGGGUCAGGCCAAAUUAUCAGGCUAUGCGUCCUUCUGCUCCGAUGUAUCGGGCACAGGCAAAGCGCCAAUCGCUACGCUAAUCAAACGAAACAUACCGGCACUCAUACACGAGACCGGCAUUGUGUCCGUAGAACACGUCCUAGUGGAAAUUAUUCCUACGGCAAAGCGAGGAACUGGCAGCCUGUUUGUGCUCAACGUAUACAGCAAGCCUAAACAGCAACACAGAUUCCUCAAUCUAUUCCGGAAAGCAGCACACAUUGCAAACAAACAACCACUUGUCAUACUAGGCGACUUCAAUGCACACUCAUCGGCAUGGGGCUAUCGCACCGAUCACCGCAAAGGCCGUCAAUUGUGGCUAGACGCGCAGCAGGAGCAACUCACGCUGCUCACAGAUCCGACACAACCCACGCGCACAGGAAAUAGCGUCUGCGUGGACACUACACCAGACCUAACCUUCACCAAAAACGUGUCAGGCGCCACAUGGUUCAACACGCAAGAAAACUUGGGAAGUGACCACUUCAUAGUGGCCACCAAAAUCCGAACGGGACCCGCCAAACCUAUCGGCAAACGAAUCCACAUCACGGACUGGGACAAUUUUAGGCAACUACAAACAAACAAAAACGAACCUGCCGUUCCUGAGAUUAUAGACAUUAAGGCAUGGGUCGACAACUUACAACAAACCGUUAAGCAGGCGACCAUAACCAUAUCAGAAGAAGCUAAUAUCCAGGCGGCAGAUGCCAAGCUCCUCCACAUGUGGGAAGCAAAAGCUAGCUUGGAAAG